AUGGCCAAAUCCGACAAAAAGGUAGAGAAAAAGGCUGCCGCAGCCAAAGACUCCAAGGCCACCAAGAAGGGGACAAAAUCCUCCAAGGAGGUCGUGACCCAGGUCUCUGAAAAGCCUGCAAAGGCAGUUGCCUCUGACAAGAAGGACAAGAAGAAGAAGGUUGUCGAGACCAAAAAACCUCAACCCAAGGCAAACGGCAAGGCCAAGGAUGACUCUUCCGACGAAAGCUCUGAAAGCUCUUCAGAAGACGAAAAGCCCAAAGCUGCCCAAGUAAAAGCAAAACAGGCCGCAAAGGCGUCGUCUUCUGAUGGUGAGAGCGAGGACGAAUCUUCAUCUUCAGAGUCUGAAUCUGACUCGUCUGAAGAUUCCUCCGACUCCUCCGACUCCUCAAGCGACUCUGAAGACGACGAACCCGCCGUUAAAAAGCCCGUCGCCAAAGUCAACGAUAAAACUUCCCCCAAAAAGGCCGAGGCCGCCUCCUCGAGUUCUUCAUCAGACUCAGAGUCCGACUCUGACUCUGACGACUCGGAAUCCGAAGACGAAAAGCCUGCUGUGAAGAAGACUGCUGCGCCUGAAAAAGAUGAUUCCUCUUCUGACGAUUCAUCCGACGACUCGUCCGAUUCCAGCUCUGAAGACGAAGCCCCCACCAAAAAAGCCGCUCCUGCGGACGCCAAAGCUAAGAAGGACGCCUCCAGCUCCUCUGAGGAAGACAGCGACGACGACUCCGACACCUCCGACAGCGAGGACGAAAAGCCCGCAGCCAAAAAGGCUGCCAGCCCCGACAGCUCUUCCGAUUCGUCUGACUCCGACAGCAGCGAGUCAGAAGACGAGGAUGGUGAUGUCAAAAUGGCUGAAGAUAAGCCUGCUCCUGCAAAGAGUGGCAAGCGAAAGGCUGCCGACGAUGAUGAGCCUUCUACAAAGAAGGUCAAGCUUGAGAAUGGCAGCGCAGCGCCUGCUGGCGGCGAUGCACAACAGUCCAAAGCUGUCUUCGUUGGCCAGCUCUCCUGGAACGUCGACAACGACUGGUUAGCCUCUGAGUUUGCCUCGUGCGGCGAGAUUGAGUCUGCAACCGUCCAGAUGGACCGCAAUACUGGCAAGUCCAGAGGCUUUGGCUACGUCCACUUCACCACCGUCGAGGCUGCUCAAAAGGCUCUCGAACUCAACGGCAAGGAGAUCGACAACCGACCCAUCAAGGUUGACAUCAGCACACCUCGAAAUCCCGACGCAGCUCGUCAGAAACGCGCGCAGACUUUCGGCGAUGUUACCAGCCCUCCAAGUAACACCUUGUUCGUUGGCAACCUUUCAUUCAAUACCUCUGAAGACUCUGUCUGGAGUCUCUUCAACGACUAUGGCGUGAAGAGCGUCAGACUUCCCACCGAUCGCGAAAGCGGCAGACCCAAAGGUUUCGGUUACGUCGAGUUUGAGGACGUCGAAGGUGCCAAGAAGGCUUUCGAGGCCAACAACGGUGCUGACUUGGACGGACGGCCAAUUCGCCUGGAUUACUCCCAGCCACGGGACAACAGCGGUGGAGGAUUCGGAGGCCGCGGUGGAUUUGGAGGUGGUCGUGGCGGUGACCGUGGCGGACGCGGUGGUGGUCGAGGACGAGGCGGUGACAGAGGACGUGGUGGACGCGGCGGACGUGGCGCACCCAGAGGAGGUGCCCGCCACGGUGGAAUCGCUUCUUUCGAAGGAAAGAAGACUACCUUCUAAAUGCCUUUCCCCCCGCUAUGCGACCGAUGAUUUGUUUGUUCAUUGUACUAACAUACUGUGCCUCUGUAGCCUCACCUUGUUAUGGAUUCUUCUCGCAUGUAUAUAAUUACGAUGUUACCCAUUGCAUAGCAUGGUAUGUAGUAGUACCUCUCCCUGCUUAUGAUCUAAAUACAACCUUAUUGAGGUACAACAA